AUGGAGUGGGCUGUUCCAUUUUUGCAUGAAAUUUUCUCGCCAACUGAGGUUGAUGUGAUUGCAAGUAUUCCCCUUAGUGUACGGACUCCAGAUGAUAAGAGAGUUUGGCACUGGGACAAACGAGGUGUGUAUAGUGUCAAGAGCGGCUACCAUGCCUACAGGCUCACAGAGAAUGUGUCAAAUUUGGCCUCAUCUUCGAGAAGUUCGGGCAGGGCAGCUGAUUUACAUUGGAAGGUGUUAUGGAAGGCACGAGUGCCUCCCAAAGUCCGUUCCUUCAUCUGGCGGAUGCACAGGGAGAUUAUUCCUACCCGAGCAGCUUUGGCUAAGAAAUGUGCAAUCUUGGACUCCAGUUGUGUGUUUUGCAACAAUUACCAAGAAGAUGCUUUGCAUGUUUUUAAAGGCUGUAAAAGAGUUGAAGAAUUUUGGAACCUGAGCCCUCUUAAGUUAAAGCUAUUGCAAGAGUAUCAUGAUGCCCACCCUAUCAAGAUGACGAAGAGGAUGAGGCAGAGAACCAAAUGGAAGUUGCCCCCGAGGGGGAGACUCAAGUUAAACACUGAUGGUGCUUUCUUUAGUGAGACUGGUAAAGGCGGAAUUGGGGCAAUCAUUAGAGAUGAGAACGGUGUGUGCGUAGCUGCCAUUGCUCGUCCCUUUUCCCAUGUUUGA